UUUCCCAGACAUAUGGAAAAUGAACAUAAGUGCAUCACAGUAAAGCGCCAUAAAUUAUCCUAUAUAAUACUUAAACAACAGCUAAAAAAGUUAUUAUAUUUUUAAACACUAUAAAGAAGAAAUUAAAAUCAAGAAUUAGCUCAGUAAAAAUUAAAUUUAUGUUACAAAUAACAUUUAUUCUGCAAGAUUUUAUAAUAUCUUCAUCACAUCGGUAACAAGAUUUGAGCAAUAGAUGUCUAAAAAUCAAAAGAAAUCUCUAUGUAACUAAUAAUUAUUUAACAAAUCCUACAAACAAGGGAAACAUUUGAAUGGAGAUACAAAGCAUACAGACAAGUUAAGUCAUCUAUUUAGUUACUAGAUGAUCUAGUUACACAAUGUUAGAAAGUGAAAAGUAAAAAAAUGUUAAAGAUGACUAAAAAGCUUCCAUAUAAGUGCCCAUUUUGCGAAAUAAUCAUUGCAACUCGGAAGAAAAUGAAAAAUCAUUUAUUUGAACAUACGGGUGAGCGUCCCUUUAAAUGUCUGAUAUGUGAUCAAACCUUUAUCCGUCAUUAUCAAGUGAAGAGUCAUUUGUUGACACACUCUUGGGAGAGCCCUUUUAAGUGCACUACAUGUGGAAAAUCCUUCUUAAACAAAAGCUGUAUGAAAAAACAUAGAAUGAUUCAUAGUGGAGAGCGACCUUAUAAGUGUGACACAUGCGGAAAAUCCUUUACAGAAAAUUACAUAUUGAGAAACCAUACGUUGGUUCAUACUGGAGAGCGACCUUAUAAGUGUGAUACAUGUGGAAAAACCUAUACAACAAAAUCCGACUUGAAGAAACAUUUAAUGGUUCAUACUGGAGAGCGACCUUAUUAUAAAUGCACUACAUGUGGAAAAUCCUUUCUAACCAAAAGCCAUAUGAAGGUACAUACAAUGGUUCAUCGUGGAGAGCGCCCUUAUAAGUGUGAUACAUGUGAAAAAACCUGUACAACAAAAUCCGACUUGAAGAAACAUUUAAUGGUUCAUACUGGAGAGCGACCUUAUUAUAAAUGCACUACAUGUGGAAAAUCCUUUCUAACCAAAAGCCGUAUGCAGGAACAUACAAAGGUUCAUCGUCGACCUUAUAAAUGCGAAACAUGUGGAAAGUCCUUUGGAGCAAAAACCGAUUUGAAGAAUCAUACAUUGGUUCAUACUGGAGAGCGCCCUUAUUUGUGCACUACAUGUGGAAAAUCCUUCAUUACUAAAAGCCACAUGAAGACACAUGCAAUGGUUCAUCGUGGAGAGCGACCUUAUAAGUGUGAUAUAUGUGGGAAAGCCUUUACAGCCAAAUUCUCAUUGAAAAGACAUACAUUCGAUCAUACUGGAGAACGACCUUAUGAAUGUGAUGCAUGUGAAAAAUCAUUUAAAGAUAAAAACGAAUUGAAGAGACAUACUUUGGUUCAUACUGGAGAGCGACCUUAUGUGUGCACUACAUGUGGGAAAUCCUUCAUAACCAAAAAGUAUAUGAAUACACAUUCAAAGGUUCAUCAAGGAGAGCUACCCUAUAAGUGCAGCACAUGUGGAAAAUCCUUCAUAACCAAAGGAAAUAUGAAGGUACAUUCACUUGUUCAUGUAAGAGAGCGACCUUAUAAGUGUGAAACAUGUGGAAAGUCCUUUAGAGCAAAAGCCAGUUUGAAGAAUCAUACAUUGGUUCAUACUGGAGAGCGACCUUAUUAUAAGUGCACUACAUGUGGAAAAUCCUUUCUAUCCAAAAGUCAGAUGAGGGAACAUAUGCUGGAUCAUCAAGGAGAGCGCCCUUAUAAGUGUGAUACAUGUGGAAAAUCCUUUACAGUCAAUCACAAAUUGACAAGACAUAAACUGGUUCAUAAUGGAGAGCGACCUUUUAAGUGCACUACAUGCGGAAAAUCCUUUACAGCCAAUCACAAAUUGACAAGACAUAAACUGGUUCAUAAUGGAGAGCGACCUUUUAAGUGCACUACAUGCGGAAAAUCCUGUAAAACAAAAUCCGACUUGAAGAAACAUUUAAUGGUUCAUACUGGAGAACUACCUUAUAAGUGUGAUACAUGUGGAAAAUCCUUUAGAACAAAAACCCAUUUGAAGAAUCAUACAUUGGUUCAUACUCGAGAGCGACCUUAAAAGUGCACUACACGAGGGAAAUCCUUCACAAACAAUAUCAAAAUUAAGAAACAUCCAUAAGUUCAUGCAGGAAAUUUACAUUUCAUUAUAACAAUCUUGUAUUAAAUUAUUUAUAGCCA